AUGGAGGAGGCGCCAAACAAGGCUCCCAGGUCGUUCCCCUGGGUCGGGAAAUUCGCCAACUACACACCACUCACUCUUCCCAUCAUGGAGGUUUAUCAGCAAAUAGCUGAGAAGGGGAUCCUAUCGAAACCCCGACCACUUAAGGACCGGACGGGAGGAAACAAGAACCUCUAUUGCGACUAUCACAAGGGCUACGGCCACCAAACGCAGGACUGCUUUGACCUGAAAGAUGCACUGGAGCAAGCGAUAAGGGAAGGCAAGCUAGCAGAAUUCUCCCAUCUUAUCAGAGAGCCGAGGAGACGCUAUCGCGACCAAGACGAAGAAGCCAAAACCCGUUCGGCGAAGCGGCGACAAGAGCCAGAAGAUAGAGACCACGGCCUCACUGUGAUAAACGUGGUGACAGCCAAAAACACCGCGCCAAAGUCCCGAUCAGCGUACAAGAAAGAUGCUAAGGUCUUAGCGGUUUCCUCCUCGUUGGCGCGAAACCCUAAGAAGUUUCCGUCCAUUUCUUUCGGCCCGGAAGACAAAUGGUUCGACAAUGCCCCGGAAAGCCCCCCCAUGGUCAUCACGGCCAGAGUGGGAACCGGCCUCGUUAAACGCAUCCUUGUCGACACAGGGGUUGAUUCAAACAUCAUGUUCCGCAACGUAUUCGACGCACUGGGGCUUAGGGACGCCGAUCUGACGACCCAUCAACACGGGGUCAUUGGAUUAGGCGACAACUUCAUUAAACCUGACGGAGUAAUAUCCCUACCGAUCUCGGUAGGACAGAACCAAGGUCGAAGAUCGACAAUGGCCGAGUUCGUGAUCCUCCGAGAUUCCACCGCCUAUAACAUCAUCUUGGGAAGGAAAACGAUAAACGAUGUUGAAGCGGUAAUCAGCACGAAGCUGCUGAUCAUGAAGUUCGUUACUGAUGAAGGAUCAAUAGGGUCCAUAAGAGGGGAUCUCGAGACGGCGGUCGCCUGCGACAAUGCCAGCCUCUCCCUGAGAAAGAAAUCAAAGGAGGCGUCUGGUGUGUUCUUGGCUGACCUGGACGCCAGGGUAGACGACAAACCUAGACCGGAACCAGAAGGGGACCUGGAGAAAUUCAUAAUCGGCGACACGGAGGAGAAAUUUACGUUCAUUAACAAGAACCUCCCACAAGAGUUAAAGGAGCCCUUGAUCGAGAUGAUAAGGGCCAAUAGGGAUUUGUUUGCUUGGACACCUGCCGACAUGCCGGGUAUAGACCCGGAAAUCAUGUCACAUCAUCUAACCGUCAGGCCGGGAGCACGCCCGGUGACGCAACGCAGAAGAAAGAUGUCGACGGAAAGGGCGGAGGAAGUGGCCAAGCAAACGGCCAGCCUCCUAGAAGCAGGUUUCAUACGAGAAGUUGAGUACUCGACGUGGCUCUCAAAUGUGGUCCUAGUGAAAAAGCACAACGGCAAAUGGAGAAUGUGUGUGGACUACUCUGACCUUAACAAGGCAUGUCCAAAGGAUUGUUUCCCCUUCCCCAACAUAGACGCGCUGGUCGACGCUGCGGCGGGCUACCGAGCGACAUACCAAAGGCUGAUGAGCAAGAUAUUCCGGGAUCUUAUAGGCAGAACGGUGGAAGUCUACGUCGACGAUGUCCUCGCGAAAACAACGCGAUCAGACGACCUCCUGGAGGAUCUGGAGAACGUAUUCGCAUCUCUCCGGCAAAACGGCAUGAGAUUGAACCCCCUCAAAUGUGCCUUCGCCAUGGAAGCUGGCAAGUUCUUAGGAUUUAUGAUAACUCAGAGAGGGGUAGAGGCCAACCCGGAGAAAUGCCAGGCGGUACUCCAGAUGAAGAGCCCAGGUUGCAUUAAGGACGUCCAAAGAUUGGCGGGACGGCUGACCUCGUUAUCCCGGUUUCUCGGAGCGUCGGCAGCAAAAGCCUUGCCAUUCUUUAACCUCAUGAAAAAGGGGAUGGCGUUCGAGUGGACACCUGCAUGUGAGGAAGCUUUUCAACACUUCAAGGAAAUCCUGGCGGCACCACCUGUGUUGGGGAAGCCAAAGGACGGAGAGCCGCUAUACCUGUACCUCGCCAUAACAGGAGAAGCCCUGGCCGCAGUUCUGGUGCGGGAAGAAGGGAGGGCCCAACAGCCGGUCUAUUUCAUAAGCAGAGCCCUGCAAGGGGCAGAAUUAAGGUACAUCAAGCUAGAAAAGCUAGCUUUGGCGCUCUUGACCUCCUCACGAAGGUUGAAGCAAUACUUCCAAAGUCACCAGGUUGUCGUGAGAACGGACCAAGGGAUCCGACAAGUGCUUCAAAAACCCGACUUAGCGGGGAGAAUGAUGACUUGGUCCAUUGAACUCUCCCAAUACGACAUACGGUACGAACCCCGGCAAGCCAUCAAGGCGCAGGCGAUGGCAGAUUUUCUGGUGGAGGUAACUGGGGACCCAACCGAAGAAGCGAGCACACGGUGGAAGCUCCAUGUGGACGGUGCCUCCAACCAGACGUUUGGAGGCGCCGGGAUCAUCCUGGAAAGCCCGGUUGGAGUCGUAUACGAACAGUCGAUCAGGUUCGAAUUCCCCGUUUCGAACAACCAGGCAGAAUACAAAGCUCUUGUAGGGGGUUUAACUCUAGCAGCAGAAGUCGGGGCAACAAGGCUAGAAAUAUGCAGCGAUUCUCAGGUCAUCACCUCCCAGGUAAACGGGAGCUACCAAGCCAAAGACCCGCUAUUACAAAAAUACUUGGAGAAGGUCAAAAGCUUAAGCCAAAAGUUUGAGGAGGUCACGAUCCACCACGUGCCUAGAGAAAGGAACACACGGGCAGACCUCCUAUCAAAGUUGGCCAGCACCAAACCGGGAGAAGGUAACCGAUCUCUUAUCCAGGGUAUGGCGAGAGAGCCGGCAGUCACCCUGCACGUGACAAGACAGAGCCCUUCGUGGCUAGACCCCAUCACUAGUUUCCUGGAAAACGGCAAACUCCCUGACGACGAGAAGGACGCGGCGAAACUGAGAAGGGAAGCAGCCAAAUACGCCGUCAUCCAGGGACAGCUGUUUAGGAAAGGGCUCAACCAACCCCUAUUAAAGUGCUUACACCCCGACCAAACGGACUACGUCCUCAGGGAAGUCCAUGAAGGCUGCUGCGGACACCACAUAGGAGGCAAGGCCCUGGCAAGAAAAUUAGUUCGAGCCGGAUAUUAUUGGCCGUCAAUGAUGGCAGACUCCAAAGAGUUCGUCAAAAAAUGCGUCAAGUGCCAAGAAAAUGCCAAUUUUCACAGGGCACCGGCCUCCGAGUUAAGCUUGUUAACGUCCUCCCGGCCAUUCUCUCAAUGGGGAAUCGACCUCUUGGGACCCUUCCCUGUUGGUCCCGGGCAGGUCAAGAAGUUCUUGUGGAGGCAGGUAAUAACGCGAUUCGGGGUCCCGGAAGCCGUCAUCUCGGACAAUGGCACGCAAUUUACCAACAAAAAGUUCACGGAAUUUCUCGCCGGCCUGGGUAUAAGACAGAGAUUCUCCUCCGUGGAACACCCCCAGACAAAUGGGCAGGUGGAGUCCGCGAACAAGAUCAUCCUUUUAGGGCUGAAAAAGCGUUUGGAAAACAAAAAGGGGGCGUGGGCCGACGAGCUAGCCUCGGUACUUUGGUCUUACCGAACAACCGAACAAUCUUCCACUAAAGAGACCCCCUUCCGGCUAACAUACGGGUUGGAUGCGGUAAUACCCGUAGAGAUCGGGGAGCCGAGCCCCCGGCUACUUUUGAAGGGAGUAGAGGAAGCCGUGGAAAAGGACUUGAUAGAUGAAGUCAGAGAAAUGGCCCAUUUGACAGAAACCGCACUGAAACAAAGAAUGGCCCUACGCUACAACACCAAAGUGCUCAAAAGGGAGUUCGGACCAAACGACCUCGUCCUGAGGCGAAACGACAUCGGCCCACCGACCCCUGGAGAGGGCAAGCUGGCGGCAAACUGGGAAGGCCCCUAUAGAAUCAAAAAAGAGGUGGGUAGGGGCGCGUUCAAGUUGGAAAGGCUCGAUGGUAGGGAAAUCCCAAGGACAUGGAACGCGAACAACUUGAGAAGGUUCUACUCCUAA